AUGGAUUCAUCCAAAACGGAAAAAAGCCAAUACGAUCUCGAGGCUCCGACGCCUUUGAAUGCUACCGUCUCACAAGUUGGAGAGGUCAGUAAGGAACAAGAGGUUGAUGCCGUUUUCGGCGCAGUCACAGACCAUGGACCAAAUUACCGUGCGCUGGGAUGGAUCGGAACCGUCGCUCUCAUGCUUAAGACCCAGAUCGGUCUCGGCGUCCUCUCGCUUCCCCACGCUUUUCACACGUUAGGAAUGAUCCCCGGAGCCAUCCUGCUCGUCGCCGUGGCGGCCAUCGCUACCUGGACUAGCUACAUUGUCGGCGUCUUUAAGCUCAACCACCGUGACGUCUAUGGCAUCGAUGAUGCUGGAUAUUUGAUGUUUGGAAGGGUCGGACGUGAGCUUUUUGCAAUCGCAUUUUGCCUAUACUGGAUCUUUGUGGCAGGAUCAGGAAUGCUCGGCAUUUCCAUCGGACUCAACGCUAUGUCAGUACACGGAACCUGCACCGCCGUGUUUGUUGCCGUGGCUGCCAUUUCCGGUUUCCUUCUCGCGAGUAUCCGAACCCUCGGUCGAAUCAGCUGGUUGGCCUGGGUUGGAUUGGCCUUUAUCCUCACCUCUGUUUUCGUCGUUACGAUCAGUGUCGGUAUCCAGGACCGUCCCGCUGAUGCGCCUCAAACAGGCCCCUGGGAAUCAGACUGGCAGCUCAUCGGCCAUCCCACCUUUUCUCAGGGAGUUGCAGCCGUGUCAACACUCAUCUUUGCAUGCUCGGCCACGUCUGCUUACUUUGCUAUUGUGUGCGAGAUGCGGGACCCUCGUGACUUUUCUAAAUCAGUCAUUACUGCUCAGGUUAUCUCCACCAUCGUUUACCUGAUCGUUGCUGUUGUUGUAUACUACUUCUGUGGCUCCGCUGUUGCCUCCCCAGCGCUCGGAUCUGCGGGACCGCUGAUCAAGAAAAUCGCCUAUGGCCUGGCCUUGCCUGGUCUUCUUGUGACAACUACGAUUUGUCUUCAUCUUCCUGCUAAGUACUUCAUGGUCCGUAUCCUGAGAGGAUCGGAGCACCUGACUGCAAACUCUCUCGUCCACUGGUGCACUUGGCUGGGCUGUACCGGAGGUUCGACCCUGAUCGCAUAUGUGAUUGCAAGUGGCAUCCCUGUGUUUGGAGACCUUGUGUCUCUCAUCGGAGCUCUCUUGGGAUUCUGCCUCGCAUAUCAACCAACCGGUUGCAUGUGGCUGUACGACAACUGGGGCCGACAAAACCGAGACUGGAAGUGGAAGGUCAUGGUUGCCUGGUGCGUCUUCAUCAUUGUUCUGGGUAGCUUCAUGACAGUGUCUGGAACGUACGGGUCAAUCGUCAACAUCAUUGACUCGCUCAAGAACUCGGGAGGCACAAAGCCGUGGACCUGUGCCGAUAACAGUAACUCGGUAUAG